AGGCACAUGUAGCCUCCAAACUCUUCACUCUUUCUCCACUAGCGUUUUCUUAACAUGUUUAAAUGAAUGCAUUUCCUACUCAGUCUAAAUGUAGUGUGAGUGUGGAUAACGGAGACUAAGAAACCAAAAGGAAGAUGUUCCAUUCCUAACGUUGAGUUUUUGACGCUAGCGUUUCUUUCAGCGUUCGCACGCACUGUAGUGAGUGACGCGCGACUGUUACUCAUAUAUGGGACAGUAAAUCCAGUGAGGAUGACAACUGUAAGUGUUGGAAACUGAACACCGGAGAAUCCAGCAUUGCUUAGUACAUUACAAUACGGGAAGCCAAGCCUCCAGACGCGCUGUUUAGUCAAAGCAAGCAGGAAUACUCACUGAUGCGCACGAGCUGGGAAAACUGUUGAUCCUUUUCAUCAAAAGUGGGAUAUUAGGAUUGGAAACGGAGUACGAACAUUGGCUGCGUUACUUUUGAUGUCUCCGAUCAGCACAGCUGUAAAGGUUUCAACUUCCUGUGAUAUAAUCACACCAUGCCUGAGGGAGCGGGCCGCGACAGCCAGAAAAAAACCAGCAACCAAGCUGCCAAGCGCCCCUCCUCUGUGUCCUCGCUGAGUGGGAUCGUGAGCCGUAUGGCCUCCUCGGGGGGCGCAUCCCACGGGAGCUGCACCUCUGUUAACACGGUGUGCUCUGACAGUGACCGCGGAGCCAGUCUCAGCUCCUCUGCCUCGUCCGCCUCGCUGCAGGAUGGACACUCUUCCUCUUCCUCCUCAUCACUCCCCUACGGAGCCGUGCCGGCCUACCCCGGGCCACAGCGCAAUGGCUCCGACAUCAGCCUGGACCUCACCCCUCUCUCCCUGCUGACAGGAGCCGGUCCCCUCCCUGCCUCCACAACACCGCUGCCCAAACUCACUCGUCUGGAGAGGGUGGCGCUGGAGAUAGUGGAGACAGAGCAGGCCUACGUGAGGGACCUCAAGAGCAUUGUGGAGGACUAUCUUGGCUGCAUUAUUGACUGUGGCGACUUGCCUCUCAAACCCGAGGAGGUCAGCACCCUCUUCUGCAACAUCGAGGACAUCUAUGAGUUUAACAGUGAGCUUUUAGAAGAUCUGGAACGUAGUCCACAUGCAGCAGCCAUAGCAGAGUGCUUUGUGGAGAGGAGUGAAGCUUUUGACAUUUACACCAUAUACUGCAUGAAUUACCCCAACUCAGUAACAGUCCUGCGGGACUGCAUGAAGAACGAGAGCCUGGUGCGCUUCUUCCAGGAAAGGCAGGCCACUCUGUGUCACUCAUUGCCUCUGGAGACUUACCUGCUAAAACCGGUGCAAAGGAUUCUUAAAUACCACCUCCUGCUGCAGGAACUGUCCAAACACUUUGAUAAAAGUGAUCCAGGGUAUGAGGUGGUGGAAGAUGCCAUUAUAACCAUGACAGCAGUUGCCUGGUACAUCAAUGACAUGAAGAGGAAACAGGAACAUGCAGUCAGACUGCAGGAGAUUGAGAGCUUGUUGCUGAACUGGACUGGGCCUGAUCUCAGUGGUUUUGGAGAGCUGGUACUUGAAGGCUCCUUCCGAGUUCAGCGUGUGAAAAAGGAAAGAGCAUUCUUUCUUUUUGACAAAAUGCUUCUCAUUGCCAAGAAGAGGCUGGAUCAUUUCAUAUACAGCACUCACAUCUUUUGCUGUAAUCUGCUCUUAGUGGAAAACAUGAAGGAUCCCCUCUGUUUUAAGGUGUCUGACCAAACGAUCCCAAAACAGCAACACAUUGUUCAGGCUAAAAACCAGGAGGAGAAGCGGCUGUGGCUACAUUACCUCAAAAGGAUGAUAGUGGAAAACCAUCCUGCAUCCUUACCCCAAAAAGCAAGGCAGGUUCUUGGUGACAACUUCUGUCAAUCCCCACAGUUUGAUCAGGAGCCAAUAAGAAAACAAAUGUCUUCUCCACGACUGGACGAUGUUCAUAACUACCACAGAGGAAGAAGGCAAUCAGAGCCACCAGAGUUCAUCUACACCCCUGAGAAAGCCAAGAAAAGCCUUCCACUCCUCCUUGAGGGUAGCCUGCCAUACAAGCGUGGGAGGAGACAGUCUGCACCUGCCAAAGAUAUUGAAGUUGCGUUCCAGCAAAGUGGUUCUUUAAAGGCUGGCAGUGAAGGGGAGUUGUGCCCACAGGCUGAUAGCAUGGGCUCAUCAGGCAGUACCAGCACUCUGGCAUCCUCUGUCAUUGAAGUUGAAUCUGGCCGUGAUGAUCUGGCUUUAUGUCAGGACGAGGAUGACAUGACCCCACUCGCUCCACCACCAACACUGUCCAUUACUGAGGAAAUCAUGCAGUUCAUUAAUGAGAGCCGUGCUCGACAAGGCAUGGCGGAGUUAACAUCUGAAGUGUUGACUCCAGAGUCCCCGGAAGUCCAGCCAUCAGAGCCACAGCAGCUAGAUGAAUCCAAACCACUAAUAGCUGAGGUGGAUGAAAAUAAAUAUCAGACCAAUGAUACCGAAAGAUCAGAACCAGAAGAAAUGCUGGUAGAUGGGUCAGACAAAGAAGAGGACAGCCAUCCAUCCUGUGAAGCGAAUGUUGCUCCAGCAGAGGAGCAUGAGAAAUCAUCAUCACUACUGCACACCUCCAAAGAAGUGAAUCAAUCAGGAGAGUUGACAUUACCAGAGCCCAGUCAUAGUGAAUCAUCAAAACCAGAAAUGGUGAAGGUCACAGGUGAAAAGGGGGAAAAAGACACUGUUAGUAAAAGUGCAGAACCUCAUUUAUCUGACAAUUUGGACAAAACCACUGAUGACACAGCAUGUGCGGCUAAGUCAGCUUGUGCUCACAUUGCUACUGCAUUAAAAGCAACUGACAGCUCUCUUGUCCCCAAAGCAGAACCUGAGCAAAAACUAACCAAAAGUGACAAGCAAAUUAUUGAGAAGAUACGCAGCUAUUAUGAGGCAGCGGAGGCAGGUGUCGAGGAGGGUCAGACAGCCCGAAGAAACAGCAUCUCUCAUAUUCCUGCUGGAUUAGUGAAAGAUUCGGUGUCUCGAUUAAAUGUUUGUGUUCGCCAAGACAGUCUACUUGAGCCUGAGAGUAGCCGCUCAGACUGUGUUGAAACUGACGCAGCAUCUUCAUUACUCCCAACAUCAGACCAAGUUGACCAGAAUUUCAGCCAUGAGGAAUCUGCUGAUACAGCCAUUUCUCUUGCACAUUCAGAUGUUAUCCAAGAACAAAAAGAAUUAUUAAACAACAAGACUGCAGAUAAAAAAGAUGAAGAUAUUUGUGAGUUCAGUCCCUGUAUGGAACUCUGGAAGGAGAAAGAAAGAACUGGCCAAGAAUCUCUGAAAGUCCCUUUCUCAAAGGAAAAGAGCUGUGGUGAAGAUACAGUUGCUUCUGAGGAAAACAAGCAGCAUAAACAUGAUCAUUCACAAUGCGAUCCAGACACUUCAGACACAUCUAAUCUGCAGACGAAAGAGACAGCGGAUACAUCUUUUCAAUAUGGAAGUAGAACAAGAGCUAGCAUGUCCUCUCAUGGAAACCUGGAUAGCCUUCCCAGUCAGAUUAAAGUUGGCCGAUGGUCUCGUCAUGGCAAGGUGGUAACGUGUAGUCGUACCCUUUAUGAAGGAAUGGAAGAGGUACCAGAUUUAGUUUUUUUUGAUGGUGGACCAGUCAAUCAAUGCUUGGUAGAAAACUCAGAAAAGAUUCUUAAUAAAGUGCAAAUGCUUGCACGCAUGUACACAGCAAAAGCAAGCAGCAUGAAAGUACCACUACACCAGAAGAAAACACGAGUGAGUAGGGCAGCAUGGUCAGUGGAGGGAAAAGGGAGCACUUCACCCAAGUCUCGGCAAGUACAGCUACACCAGGGGGAUAUAAGGAUCCUAAAUCAGCCCACGGAAGAAUCUUCAGUAUCAACACCUCCUGAACCUUUUGGUCACAUAAUUUUAAGGGAGAAGUUGUCUACAACAUAUCACCAAGAAAAUGAUUGUAAUCUCAUUGGGCCCCCAGAUGAGAUCUCUACAAAUGUAUCUAAUUCACUGUAUUUUUCAUCUGCUGAAUCCUCUGCUACUUCAGUUCAAAUAUUAACAACUGUUGUGGAAUCACAGAUUUCUGUGAUAUCAGAUCAUAGAGAAAGCUCCUUAGACAAAUGUGAGUCUAAACUACAUGAAGGAGAUCAAUCCUUGUCAACUUGCACUGGAACUCAAAUCCAAGCUGAGCCAGAAGUGCCAUCCAAACUAGCCGGAUUUCCAUUGGACGAGCAUGCUGACAAUGUACUACAGUCUGUUCCGGAGAAUCAUUUAUAUGCUGUGGACAAAUCCACUGCAAUAAAUAGGACUGAAGAAGGACCGAUAUUGCAAGAGGAGAACCUGGCUUUUGUGAGCAAUUCUGUUCCAAGUAGUGAACUUUUUAUUGACCCAGUAAUCAUUAAACAUUUAGAAGAAGAGACUCACAGUGUAGAGGAGAAAAGGGGCUUAACUGUACAGCACUGUAAAAGCAUAUUGUCCAUAGAUGAUAAACAAGAUGAAAUGCAUACAGGACAUAUGAAUUCCAAGCAGGACCGAGCUGAUAUUGAAACCACUAGCAUGGAGGAAAUAACACUUGUAGUGUCCACUGUUAGCGAAGUUGGAGCAUGUCCCCCAUUACAGCCAGCACCCUGUGUUCUAAACACUGUAGUCAUCUCUGAAGGAUCAGAGCUUUCGUACCCUGUAGCCCAGGAGGUUACAACAAGCCCUACACAACUGAUGCCUCUGCUUGGUUCAUGCGGCAAGUGUAGUCCAUUGGAUGUUAAAUCCAAAGAAGACCUAAGCAAUAAUUCAAAGACUUUGAGCCCACCCUGUACACCCCCUGUAGGUGGACCUCCUUUGGAUGAGCUUCCAAGGUUUACUAGCCAAAGACCUUCCAAUCUACCCUCUGCCACAGGAAAGAGAAGUCCCUUCACCAAUUGGAAUCCAUCAUCUCCAGCCACUCAGAGAGUGCCACAUACUUCAUUGCAGACUGAGGAACAGAUUCAGGAUGCUUCAGCUUCUGGCCUUUCUACUCACAGACAAUCUUUUUCCCAGGCUCCUAAUGAUAAGCCUUCAGACAAUCCUUUUGGUUGUGGACGUCCAUUAGAUGCAAAACCACCGUCUGCCUUUAGCCCAAACCUGCGAAUGCGGUCACCCUCUCCAAUUAGAAGUGCCCAGAACUCCAGAUUGUCCGCAACGGCCUCAGCUCUUACAAAGUCUCUUGCUGCCUCUUGUAUCAGUCAGACAAUUUCCCAAACCAUGGCCAAGAGAGGUGCACAUCUUCAGACUGCUUCCCCACCUGUAAGCUCUUCUCCUCUGCCCACAUCUUCUGUAAGGUUAAGGUCACCAUCACCCAAACCCAUCACCUUCGACUCAAGUGCAGAGUCAGGUUUUAAGAAUACAUCCAGCACCGGGGUAGGGAGUCAACCCCUAAGGUCUUGUCCAUCCCCAUUCAGAUCGAACAGUCUCCGAUCUAGUCCAGCAACAGUUCAGACCCCUCCUCCUUACCGUAGUCAACGCUCAAUAUCCCCUGCACCUCCAGUUAGCCUCCAUUCAGCUCCAUCUCCUAACAGCAUAAACACUGCAGCUCUUGAACAGCCUUCUUACACCAGUUUAAAUGGUAAUAAUAACAAUAACAACAGCUUAAGUAAUAACGGCUGGGCCACUAACCAUAAAAAAGCACCACCCUCAAAUACGGGUGAACUCCCUCAUUUCCAUGAUCCUCAAAGAACAACCUUGCACAAUAGGGUUGCUCGUCCCUUUCCAUCCUCUGAGCCUAGCUCCCGUGUUCACUCCCCUUCUAUUUGCCCAUCUCCAGUCACCCGAAUCUGCUCCCCUCCACCUGCUCCGAUCCACUCCAGUCAUCUGGUAACAAAGCCACCAAAUCCCAGAACCCCUCUAUCUUUGGAGAUCUCAAGAUCAACAUCAGCUUGUUCAUUAUCCCCUUGUGAGAGCCCCAGAAUCACCUCUCCACCCCCUAUUGGCAUUCCUGCAAGUGUAUGGGGUUUUGCUAAUCCGCAGCCAAGGAAUCCCUCAUUAACAAAUGCAUAUUCUCCAACAAAAGUGGAAACAAACUCUACACAAAGAGGCACCAGAAUCAUCUCUCCUACCCCAAUGGGAACGUCUUCAUAUUCAGCAACCAACUCUCAGAGCCAGAGGAGGCUACGAGGAGCCAGUUUGCCCUUUGUUGCUCUAGGGGAUAGACCACCCAGUCCAACUAGACAUGAACGCAGGUCUUGGGCAGAAAGUGGACGAUGGUCAGUGGGUUCAGAAUUGGGGUUAAUAAGUCCUCAUGGGGGUUCAUACAGUGGCAGCCCAUCUUCUAUCAGCCCUGGCCCUCUUUCACCCGUUAGACUAACAACUGAAAGGACCACUCUUAGCGGAAAACAUUUCACAAGCAUCGCCUGGCCGGAUGUACAUGAUAUGUUUACUAAAUACAACACAGAGCCCAGUACUGAAACUGUUGCUUUGUCCUGCACCGAGACCGAGCAAGAUGACAUAGAGGUUGCAGAAUCGACUUGUCGGAGCACCCUGAUCUGUCCCUAUGUCGCUCCAGCUAACCCAAAUUUGAGAGAGAGUCCCAUUCAGUGCCCAACCGAAGGCAAAGCAGAAGAAAGUAUUCCUAUUCAAGGGUCCAAAACAACAUUAAAAACCAGUUAUGCCACCACUGUCAACUUGCAGAUUGCCGGGAGUGGGAGGAUAGCGACUUUUAGCAAUGCACAAGUCAGCCUGACUCAGACACUGUCGCCUGUAGCAGACAGCCAGAGCAGGAGAAGGGUCAGCAUCAAUAGCUGCAACUUCUCAAUGCAGAACUGCAAAAGGCUUUGAGUGGUGUGCUCCUGGGGUCUGGUAUGGUGCCUCGUUCUUCAAUGACACUUUAUCUGGCACUUUAGCAUGUAGCAGAGGAGUCAGCUUAGAGAUCCAUGUCCACUCCACACAGACAAAAAAAAAUCAUGGACUAUAAAAUACGGGUGUCAGCCAGUUUAUGCUAUGGUCAGUGAUUUUAUUUUUUUUUAACCCUCAACCCUACUUUCUGGCCAGGAUACCAGUAAAACAUCAGUAAAAAACUGCUUUGCUAUAUUUGGCAGUGUUUAUUUUAUUGCUUUUAAAACUCUGUCAUAUGCAAAUGUAUUAUAUGUAAUAGAACUAAAGCCUGUGUCAUUAAAGGCUUUCAGUUGGCUGUGAUAUAUAAAGAACUUAUUUAUGAAGUAGUUGUUUUCUGGCACUUAACUCUUGUUUCUUUGUUUUGCACAUUUUUCUCGAAUGUGGUCCAGACGUGUCUGGAAAACAGUGUGUUUCAGACAAAACAUUCUCGUGUAUGUUAAAAUACAUUUUUAUUGCCAGUGUUCUAUAUGGAUUUGGUUAUUAAUACAUUUGAACAAGGGAACAUGAAUCGCUGCUUUGAUUGUUAAUACAAACAUCAAAACAUCUGAUCUGAUAUUUUGCAUUGAUGAAAAUGUUUGCUGUACACAAUGAAAAAGCAUUCCAUCACGCCCAAGAAAAGUAUUCUGGUGUGGACUAAGACAAGGUAAUGCUGUUCAAAUGGACUCUUGAUUUUGUUUUAAAUUUUAGUGUAUUUUUAAUGUAAUACAUUGUUGAUUUCUAAAGGAGAUUGUCACAAUCAAUGAAUGCUUAAGCCAACUGAACCUAUAUCUCAGAUUUGUUUACCUAAGGCCUUUAUGCUUCACACCCUGCCUGCUAGAAAUGGUGCAAAGAAAACAAAUGUUCACACCUGCCCUUUGUACUUACUGUCAAAAAAAAAAAUCCAUGAUUUUCACACUGUAUGAAAAAUGUGUUCUGUUAUUUGUACCUAAAUAAAACCUGCA